AUGUACGGCAUUAAUGGAUCAGAUUUUCCACCCGUUUCAGAGGAUACAUUCUGUAAAUACGUUUUGUAUUAUGAGAUUAAUAACUCGAGAGUACGCAUUUGGGAUUUGAUUAUUUUAAUACCUAACGCUUUGUUUGUACUGUUCUUAGUGGUAAGAUUUAACAAAGCCCAGUUAAAAUUACGUGCUACAAGUAGUCCUAUAUUUUUGACGUUCUACUCGUUAGUUUGGGGUAAUGUUAUCAUCAGCUUAGUUCGAUGUGCUGUAUCCAUGACUGUCAAUGCUGUGGUGCCGUUUGGUGGAUUGAUUGAUAAAAUAUUAUGGGUUACAGUGAGAUUUUUCCUCUUGGCCACAGAAAUGAGUGUGGUUAUAUUUGGAUUAGCUUUUGGGCAUAUGGACAGUCGAAGUAGCAUCAGAUAUGUUCUGUUGGCUACUUCUUUAAUAUCCCUGGCGUUCACCAUCACACAAGGAACACUUGAAAUUGUAAUGCCAGAUGAUGUGUUUCAUAUUGAUACAAGAGAUUAUGAUUUGUUUGGACAUGGGGGAAUGUUAUUUUGGUUUUCAUCAUCCUUGGUGUUUGCUAUUAUUUACUUUAUAAUUCUGUUAUUACCUUGGAUUCCGCUCAGAGAAUAUUUGGCUUUACCAACAAAACUCUCAUUUUACUUAUACAUUCUACUAUUGGCUCUUUUGGACACAACUCAAGCAGUGGGAGCAGGUCUCCUAGCAUGGGGAUCUAUGCAGUCAGGGUUGUGUGUUGUUGAUGUGACUACGUGGCUGUACUUUUCACUUUACACUCCCCUGGUUUAUCACACUUUCCUCAGUGAAUUCUUCAGUGUGUCACAGCCAAGUAUUAUGUUUUCCUACAAGGCUCAAAUGGAUGAACCUAUGGAUGAUGAUCAAGUAUCACUGCCGCAUCAACAGAGUUUCAGUUCUCUUAAGACAGAUUCUGAUUAUAUAUAUCAGAGUAAUAGUGUAUAUGACAGUACAUUAUUUGAGGCUGGAGGCACAACACCUAUGAACCCAGUAUACAGUGCAUCUUUACAAAGUCCCGACUCAAUAGCAUCAGGACAGUCAAUAGAUAUAGGAGUAGCGCCAUCAGCUUUCCAAAGCCAGCAUAUGCCAUCAACAUAA